CAAUGCCCCUCGUGAGCCUGGCAUUCCAAUCAGGAAGUAUAAGACCACCCGGACUGCCACAUCACAGCUGUAUGGAGGAGGAUGUGCAGUGGACUACCAAUGUGAAAGCAGAACUGGAUCACAAGAAAUCUGAGCGUCGCAGAGCGCGAGCGAUGAAGCUGGGACAUAUAAAGUGGGACACACCUGAACAGGAAGAACCAGGCAGUGAACCCACCAAUCACAACGUUGAAAGCAUCCAGGCAGAGGACAGAGAGAGGAAUUCAUUUUCAGAGGGGGAGAUAGUUGAUCAGGGUGGACCAGAGAGCAUCCAGGAGAUCUGCCAGAGGAGGAAGUUGAAGAAGAAGACUCGGUCCUCAUCCAAGGUGGCUGUGGACGUGCCUGUGUUAGGACCUGUAGACACUUUUGACUUCAUGAAGGCAGUGACUCAGGGUAAACUCAAAGUGGUGGAGAAAUAUCUGGAAGAUGGAGGAGACCCCAACUUCAGUGAUCAGUUAAGGAGGACAGCACUGCACUUUGCCUCCAUCGAAGGACACUCUACCGUUGUCCAGAAGCUUCUAGAGAAAGGAGCUAACGUCAAUUCUAAAGAUCGGCUGGAGUCCAGAGCUGUUCACUGGGCCUGUAGAGGAGGAAGCCUGGCAGUCAUCAAGGUCCUCCAGAAACAUGGAGCUGACCUCAACAUCAGAGACAAGCUGAUGGCCAGCCCUCUCCAUGUGGCCACCAGGACAGGCCAUGCUGAUGUAGUGGGAUACCUGCUGAACAGCGGAGCAAAAAUCAACGCCAGAGACAGGGAGGGGGACACUCCGCUGCAUGAUGCUGUGCGCCUGGGCAGAUAUAAGAUACUCAAGCUGCUCAUUGUUGGAGGGGCUGACACCAGGCUCAAAAACCAUGAGGGAUUUACAGCAGUGGAGCAGGUGAAAGAGUGGCAGUUUGACACCAAGGAGACUCUGGAGAAACUGGAACAGCUGAGGGAGGUGGGUCUGGUAUCCCCACUGUUACCUCCCUUACCAGACCACCAAAUCAGCCUUCAGCCCUAAACCUCCACAUCCCCACUGUUACCUCCCUAACCAGUCCACCAAAUCAGCCUUCAGCCCUGAACCUCCACAUCCCCACUGUUACCUCCCUUACCAGACCACCA